UUAUAGAUUACGAAACCGAAAAUGGACUUUAUAUUAUAAAAAUAAAUUUUGUGUCCAGUAAAAUAGCCGCCGUUUUGGGAAGUGAUAUGGAGAAACAAUCAGAUGUGACCAUUCACUUGUUAUGUUCACCCUGCAAACGUAAGGAAAGAAAUAAAGAAGCGGACAAAUAUUGUGCUGACUGCAAUGAUUAUUACUGCUCGGAUUGUGUGAAAUUUCAUGAGGAUAUUCCAGCCCUGUCUGGACAUAAGAUUCUAGAUAAUGAUCAAGUCAAAGAUGGAACAAGCAGAACAUUGCCUGAAAUCCCAACACAAAGAUGCGAGAGACACGGGUUUAAACUUGUUGACAAGUAUUGUCAAAGUCAUGAUAAAGUUGGCUGUUCUACAUGUAUGGCAAUAGAUCACAGGUCUUGUAACGAUGUUUUCUACGUGCCUGAGUACGUCUUAGAUCGAGACCCUACAAGUCAAUGUGAAGGCGUUCGACGAAAAACGUUAGCUGUUGCCGUUGACAUUGAAAUUCAGCUGAAAAUUCGACAACGGGAAAUAAAACGUCUGUUAAAGCGGAAAGAAGAAGAAGUUGAAAAAAUAAAACAAUUUCGGAUUGAUAUCAACCAGAAACUAGACAAUCUUGAAAGGAAAAGCAUUGUUAACAUAGAAAAUAAAUACAAAGCAAUAAUCAAGAAGAUUGAAGAGCAAAUUACCAUAUUUACAACUUUCCAGACAGAUGUUAAGUCUUCAGCAGAAGAUAUAAAAUUCGCCACGUCAAACGUGUCGCAAAAAUUUGUUGGAAUGAAAGUAGCUAACUCAGUAACAGAAAAAGCAGGCAAUGGUUUGAAAGAGGAGACAAUUCAAUUAAAAAGGGUUGAUGCUUUCUUUGAAGGUCAACAGUAUCUGAUGUCAAUGCUAGAUGAGACAGAUAUAUUAGGGGACAUCAUUGAACAGCCUGUUAGAUAUAAACUUGGGGAAAAGAGGGAGAUUAACAUCAUACAUGAUUUAGACACGAAAGUUUGUUCUAUAUCCAGUGCAUGUAUAUUAAAUGAUGGGUCUGUAAUAAUCGCAGAUUACGGUAACCAAAGUUUGAAACGUAUUGAUGUGACCUCAUCGAAAAUAGUAGAUGUCUGUCAACUUCCGAGAUCCCCGUGGCAAAUUUGUGAAGUUGACAAUGAUAUACUUGUAUCUUCUGAAGAGAUAAACAUUGACAUUGUAACUACAGAAGGUCAACUUAAAGCAGCCCGGGAAAUAACAACAGAUCAUAACUGUUAUGGCUUAGGGUACAGAAAUGGAAAAAUCUAUGUUACUGAUUCAAAUGAGACUGUUUUUGUCUACAAUAAGACAGGAACAAUGCUGAUACAAAUUUCCAAAGAUCAGUCAGGCGAGAAUUUGUUUAGCAACAUCUACAGUCUUACGGUCAGUCGAGAUGGUGAGAGAAUUUAUGUUGCUGAUUAUAUGUAUGACAUAGUAGUACAAAGUAAGGAAGUUAAAUUGCAAAGAAAAUAUAACACUAACAUUCCUCAAAUGCACAAGGGGGGUUUGUGAAACAAGCAGUUGAGAAAUACUUGUUUGUGGUGAAUUAUCUAAUAAUAUUGUACAAUUUUCUAGAAAUGGUGAGGUGGUAGGAGAAGUACUUUCACCAGAUGGUCAAGUCGGAGGUUGUCAGGCGGUUUGCUAUGAUUUCAAUCAAAUGAGACUUAUAGUUGGACGAGAUAGCCGGGAUUAUAUAGAAGUUUACGAUAUGAAUUGAACAAAAUAAAUGAUAUCUAAAUGUGCACGAAGAUUUGUCAUUACCUUAUUAAAGAGAUCAAAUUUCAAAACAUCUUUGACGAUAUUUACUUUAAAUAAUCUUAAGAAAAAUAAACAUCUUUAAUGAUAUUCACUUCAGAUAAUCUUAUGAAAAGUAAUGAAUAAA